UCCCGUGGUGAGACAGGCAGGACGGGCGAGUGAUCCUACGUCAGCGUCUGGUCCUCUCAGCACAACGUCAGCUCGCUCCUUGGAAGAAGAUGAAGAUGUUGUGCAGCUGCUCCCUCCUCGUCCUGCUCCUCUUUCUUCCAGCCUGCCGGUCCGCUCACGGUCGUUACGCCCAGAAGCUCCUGAGCGACUUGUUCUCCAACUACACCAACGCCUUGCGUCCUGUGGCGGACACGGACCACGUCAUCAACGUGACGCUGCAGGUCACGCUGUCGCAGAUCAUCGACAUGGACGAGAGGAACCAGAUCCUGACCACUUACCUGUGGGUCCGCCAGGUGUGGAUGGACGCCUUCCUCACCUGGAAGAAGGACGACUACGAUGGCCUGGACGCCAUCCGCAUACCGAGCAGCUACGUGUGGCGGCCCGACAUCGUCCUGUACAACAGUGCAGAUGACGAGUUCUCCAGCUCCAUGGAGACCAACGUGGUCCUGCGCAACGACGGCCAGGUCAUGUGGGACCAGCCGGCCAUCACCAAGAGCUCGUGCUCGGUGGACGUGGCUUUCUUCCCCUUCGACAUGCAGCAGUGUCUCCUGACCUUCGGCUCCUGGACUCACAACGGCAACCAGAUGGACUUGUUCAACGCCUUGGACAGCGCGGACUUGGCGGACUUCAUCCCCAACGUGGAGUGGGAGGUGAGCACUGGCCCUGUUGACAAGUUGGACUCUGACUUCGGAGUGGUGUUCCUCUCACAGAUUCUGGGCAUGCCGGCCAAGAAGAACGUCAUCCAGUACGGUUGCUGUUCAGACCCGUACCCGGACAUCACUUUCACGCUCCACCUGAAGAGGAGGAGCUCCUUCUACAUCUUCAACCUCCUCAUUCCCUGCAUGAUGAUCUCCUUCCUGGCUCCGCUCGGCUUCUACCUGCCGGCCGACUCUGGAGAGAAGGUCUCCUUGGGGGUCACGGUCCUGCUGGCCCUCACCGUCUUCCAGCUGCUCGUGGCUGAGAGUAUGCCGCCCUCAGAGAGCAUCCCCUUGAUUGGAAAGUACUACAUCGCUACCAUGACGAUGGUUACCGCGUCAACAGCCCUCACCAUCUUCAUCAUGAACAUCCAUCACUGCGGCUCAGAGGCCGGACCCGUGCCAGCUUGGGCCGAGCGCUUCAUCCUCAAACACCUGGCCCGGAUCUGCUUCGUCUACGAGGUGGGGGACAACUGCCUCAGCGGGGGGGUCUCCCGCAGGAAGCCGCCGUCGGGGGAGGAGUCAAGCGAGGCCGGCAGCUGCAACGGGAGGAGGUGGGCGCAGAACUACGGGCACGACGUCCCAAACAAGAGCGAUCGGAAAGACGACCCGCUUGUCAGCGUCCACCACUCGGAGGAGGGCGGAGCUGCCGGGCGAGGUGACGGCCAGGGGGAGGAGCCAAAGAGCACCGGCGGCGUGUCGGUGGAGCCAAAGGGAGAGGGAGGGGUGAGCGCGGAGGACAGGAAGGAGCAGAGGAAGCUGCAGUGCGCGUGUCACCUUCAGGGACUGCACAGGAACGUGGAAUACAUCGCCGGUUCCUACCAGGACCAGCGAGCGGCGCAACUCCGCAUCGGCGAGUGGAGGAAGGUGGCCAAGGUGAUGGAUCGCUUCUUCAUGUGGCUCUUCUUCAUCAUGGUCUUCUUCAUGAGCAUCCUCAUCCUGGGAAAAGCCGUCUGAGGGGGCGCGUCACGCCAUGACCUCACUGCUCGCCAUCGCCCCGAGUUCAGUUCAAUGUCCGAUUGCUUUAUUUCACGCCUAAAACAAAGUGAUAAUUAUAAAGUUAUCAUUGUGUCCAACA